AUGGCUUGUGUCAAGACCGCACGGCUCUCCGGCAGCGGCAGCGAAUCGAAGGCCGGCCAUGUGCCACAGGUUGCGGGUGGCUCAGGCACAGCAGCAGUUGAUGCAGCCAAUCAGCGUGUUGACCCUGAGGCUCGCAGCUUUUGGUGUUGUUGCUGCGCGUCCACGUCUGUUGGCGAGCGUUUGCUGAGAUUUGUGCACGCUCGUGUACCUCCAUACGAGGCGCCAUCACCAGCGCCAUGGGCGCCAGCGCCGUUCCACGCAUCUGAUGCUGCACUCGAUCUUCACGUUAGCAACUUGGUUGUCUUUGCACAAUCUCCUGAAGUCCCAAUCGUGCACCAGGGCCCGGCUGCCUUACUCGCUUCGCAUCCACCAGUACCUCCGCUGUUCCCACUUGAGAGUCUGAAGCAGGCCAGCGGUCUUGGCCCGCGGACAGCGCUGGUGAAUUGGGCAUGGUCAGUCGCGGGAGCCAGCCGACCGCCAAGCUGUUUCAAAUAUGGACGACUCUUCGCUGAGCUUGGUACUCGUGGCCUACAUGAGCGGAGCCCCAUGCUCCUCCUUCCUUCAACUCUUGGUCCUUCCUUCCUCUCACAACUCUCAGACCGUUCUUUUCUUUAAACAGCACUCACCUUCAUUCUUUAGGUGUGCUUGCCUUGCAGUAGUUCACCUUCUUUUGACAGCUACUCUCACUUCCUUCACUUCGUUUCUCGUCUUAAGGCUUUUUUCUCCGGCCGCAUCCUUAUUCACCUAAAAGCGUGCUGUGCACGUCUUGGCUCAAACGCGCAGCUCCUCAUACCUGUUCCGCCUGACACAGGUUCUCUACCAGCUAUCGUUGCUCGCGCGUUGAUGUAAGUCCUCCAGUUUCAACUGUCUAAGGCUGCCAUGGUCGCCUGUCACUUACCAUGAUUACCCCACACCAUGUUGUACGAGGCUACGAGGUGUCUCAACUCCGUCUGGCUUACGCAUCACCAAAUCUCCGUUGCCUUCUUCGAGUGUCUUCGAGCCUGGGCGGGGUGCUUGCCUGUUUCAAUUCGCGCCAUUACCGUUAGUUAUUAGGUCUUAUACAACAAACACUG